AUGUCCGAGCCGGCUAACGUGGAGACGCAACCACCUCCUGAUCAGCCUGAGAAGCCAGGCGCAGGAGGUGAGCCGUCAAAACCUACCCGAGUUUCCAAGAAACGAACGAAGACUGGGUGUCUGACAUGUCGAAAACGUCGUAUAAAAUGUGGAGAGGAACGACCAACGUGUAACAACUGCGUCAAAAGCAAGCGUGUUUGCGAGGGAUACAGUCAACGGGUUGUAUUCAAGCUUGGAGGCUUCGGCAAUGAGGAUGGCCAACUCGAUGGGAUGGGAUACUAUGGAUACCCCGAACAAAUGCCAUAUAUUCCUGGGUCGGAUCCCAGUCUACCGUAUGCUUUACAGGCUGCGAGAGGAAACAUGAAUCUACAGAGGAUUGCACCGGCCCCAUACACUCGCCGGAUUGGCGACGAAACUCUUCCAGAAAACCAGUUGCACACGACACUCCCACCCCACCUCCAAUAUUACAUGGGAGCGCAACAAGGCCAAAAUCCGCUACAAUCUCCAGAAGAUAUCCCCCCUGGGUUUCCUCAAGAUCCGAAUUACCUCCGCCAUCGAGCAUCCGUUUCGCCCAUCUCACCAAUUGAUGUUGGGAUGGCGCACCGUGGAAGCAUAUCAUUGGUAUCUCCAGGCCACCAGCCCCCACUGUCUGCUACAGAAUCUCACUGGCCAGCCUCCGCUACUUCGGCGACGCACCCGAACAUUGAUUCCGAAUAUGCUCCGAGGCAAUCAUAUAGCCAUGAGAUUACGCCACCGUCUGCUACCUCCUCGGCUUCUUUCCACCUCGCAUCUCCUAGCACACACCAAGCGCCCACGACUUCGGCCCCAUCUCGUUCAAGCAAUGCUUCUGAAGUUUCUACUCUCAAUUCAUAUGGCUACAACGCCCCGUACGGUACUGGUUACGAAGGCCAGCCUGCUGGAUACGCAAACGCAACCUAUCCACCCGGCACAUACUCCGGCACAAAUUUCAAAACAGAACCAGACUUCGACCAGCACAGAUACUCAGGUCCCACGGCAAUCCAGGAACAUCAUGGGCAGGAAGAAGGGCCACAGGACGAUUUUGUGGCGGGUGGUGCGCUAGAUGGCUCAGAAGAUGAAGAUGAAGAGCUUAACGACGAACAGGACGAGGUCGAAGAGGAUGAGGAAGAAUAUGCUGAGGAUGGCGAGGAUGACUACGAGGAUUUUGCUCCUAUGGAUCUGGAUGCCACUUCACGACAGACAAUUUCCACCGCUAUUACACCAUAUACGCAGAAUAAUGAGAGUACCAGAUUGACGUUCCGAAGCUUCCUUCCAGAGGCCGGAACCUUAAUUAGGUAUCAGCCAGCGGCUACAGCAUCUCCAUUGUCGAACCCUACAACGGCAAGGAUAUUUUGCCAUUGGAUUUAUGUCGUUGCGCCAAGUUUAUCGGUUUUUGAACGACAUCCAGCAAACCCUCAUCAGUCUUUUACACCUGGAACCAGGCUCAACGGGCCGCAGAAUCUAUGGUGUUACACAAUCCCAACAGUAUCUCUAUCCAGUCCUUUACUCCUGCACGCACUGCUAGCCGUAGCGAGUUUACACAUAGCAAAGUUAUCGGAUGAACCAAUCACUUCAUCAUAUGUGCAUUAUCAUUUUGCACUACGGCGCCUCCGUAAAGCAAUUUCUGAUGACAGAGAGCGAGCUUCCGUUGCGACGCUUGCCGGAACCUUGUUGCUGGCGUAUUACGAGACUAUGGCUGCCGAUGUAAGAAAGUGGAGCAGCCAUUUGCAGGGGGCUAAGAACCUUCUCAAAGAGAUUGAUUUCGACAAUCUAAACAGAAGAAUGGAGGUGCUUGAGGACGAAGAAUUGACGCAGCAACAAGCCACAAACCCGGCAUUUGACGGCAUAGCAUCCAUUCGCAACCGAAAAAUGCAGCAGAAAACCGGCAAAGGUAAUUCAGAUCGGACGUCCCCGACGGACGACCCAAUCCGAAGAUAUAUUCUUGGAUCACGUGAACGGCGAAAAAUGUCACAGGUGGAGAAAACCCGAGUUAAUAGUAGCCCAAGGGCGUCAAAUGCACGGGAUCAGGAGACAGCAAUUCUGCAGAGUGAUUUAUUCUGGUUCUUCGCGAAACAGGAUGCAUAUCAAUCCCUACUUAGCGGGGAAGGUCUAGUGUUGGAUUAUGCGCAUUGGGGUCAAUGUCCUCCACGUCCUAGGAUUGGUACCUUGGGUACUUCUUAUGGAUCCACGGAUUACCUUUACCUUCUCUAUGGUCGCAUUGCAGAUUUUCAAGCCCGUGACGCGAAGCGGAAGGCCGAGGUUGAGAAAUAUGGACCAGCACCAGCGAUUUUAGAACUUAUGAAGUCGAUGGGUGGAGGUGGACCGCCUGGACAAGGUGGUCCUCCCCAAAUGGGUAGACAAGGCGGCCCCCCCGCUGGCCCUCCUCCAAUGGGCGGCCCACCAAGUGGCCCCCAGGGUGGUCCCCCUCAGAUGGGAGGGCCAGGCGGUCCUCAAGGUGGUCCUCAAGGUGGUCCUCCGCCCGGCUGGACAGGAGGCCCCCCUCCCGGUUGGCAAGGUGGUCCUCCACCAGGAUGGCAAGGCGGUCCUCCACCGGGAUGGCAAGGCGGCCCUCCACCGGGAUGGCAAGGUGGCCCUCCGCCUGGGUUGCAAGGUGGCCCUCCGCCUGGGUUGCAAGGCGGCCCUCCGCCUGGAUGGCAAGGCGGUCCCCCUCCGGGAUGGCAAGGCGGCCCCCCUCCGGGAUGGACGGGUGGCCCCCCUCCAGGGUGGCAGGGAGGACCCCCGCCUGGUAUGGCAGGGCCUCCCACAGGGAUGCCUCCUGCCGGGAUGCCAGCCCGUCCUCCAGCAUAUGCUGGACCCCCUUCAAUUUCAUCUAUCUCUCCAAGCACAGAAGGCGGUGACCAAUCUACGCCCCCUUCUGCAACUUCAGCUCCCAAAUCACCCCCAAAGUACACCAAAGCUGAGCUCGAAUCAAUGACGGUAGAAGCCGAAAUGGAGUGGAUAGAGAUCUACAAGGCUCUCCUUCUAUUCCAAGAAUCAUUAGGCGACGAAUUCCAACCGCUCGAAGAAGAACUUAUGCCAGUCCAACCUUCUCCCUUCGGUGAUGCAAUUUUUUACCGAACCUAUUCCGUAUCUUGCCUGCAGGCCCUUUACAAGACAGCUCACAUCAUAUUAGAGCGUUCACACCCUUCUAUGCCUUCAAAUGGAUGGAUGGCAGCGGGCAUUGCAGCUCGUAAAACCGCUGGCCUAGCUCAAGAAAUGGGUCGUAUCGCUGCUGGUUUAUUCCCACCUGCCCAAGCCUCUGAAAUCAGUCCACCUCUUGGUGGGGUCCUUAUCGAACUUUCUUUCUGCAUGCUUUUCGCAGGUGUGCAGUACCAGGACCCUAAUCAGCGAGAAUGGCUAGUAGAGCAUAUGUACAACGUGGGCAAGAUGACAGGAUGGGGCACUGCCAAUCGGUGUGCUCUAGGGUGUGAACAUGCAUGGGAGAAAGCAGCAGCAAUGGGUAAGGGCCCACCCUAUAAGAGGAGGGCCAGCUCGGAGCCUAGAGAAAUGCCAAUCGGUACUCAAGAGGGAUCAAAUUAUGUAUUUCUCGGGUCGGCGAAUAAAGCUCAUUGGGCUACAGCACUUCUGGGGCCCUUGGAAAACAAAAUGGAGACCAUGGCCCUUGACGGCGAGGCUUAG